AGGCACCGAUUCGAUAACAGAGGGAGUGACCAUCGCAGCGACGUCGCAGAAAAUGCAGGCCGACAUGGAGUCGUACGAGAAAACCUUCUGGCCGUAUCUCAUCAAAAUAUUGCAGCAGGCCAAGUCUCCAUCCACAACGUGUCAAUGCCGCAUGCUGCCGGCUGAAGUCACGUGGGUGAACACGCUGCUGGCUCGCCUCAUGUAUGACGUCAUGCGCGACCCGCUCAUCAUCGCCCGGCUGCAGAACAGGAUACAGAGAAAACUGAAUACGCUAAAGCUGCCAUCCUUCAUGAGUCCUUUAGUCGUCACCGAGCUGUCCCUGAGCGGGGCGUGUCCCCUCGUGGAGCGGGUGGCGGCGCCCGCGUGGGACGAGCGCGGCGUGUGGCUCGACGCGGACCUGCGCUACGACGGCGGCGCCUACAUCGCGCUGCAGACGCAGCUCAACCUCAUGAAGCUGAAGGAGAAGAAUGUAACGUUAGAAGAUCAGUUAUUAUCGUCUGAAAAUCUCAUCGAAAAUGAAAUGAAAACCACCGGCACGGGAGUGUUCACAGAAAAACAGUUACGGAAACGCAAGCCAGCGAUAUACGACUCGGAAGUAGAGGACUCGGCCGAGUCAAGCAGCGACGACGAAAGCCCGCCCGUACAGCCCGUUGACAGCACGCAAAACAUUCUCGUGCCAGAAUCCUCGUCUACCAGUCCUGACCCGGCUGUUUCAUCCAAAAAGAAGUUCCUAAAAAUGGUUGACAAAAUAGCAACAAAUAAAUACUUCCAGCAGGUAACAGACUACAAAUACGUGAAGCGUGCGAUGGAAGGCCUAUCAAAUACAGAUAUAAAACUGCACUUGGAAAUACACGGGCUCGAAGGAAGGCUCGCAUUCAAUCUGCCGCCUCCGCCACACGAUCGCGUAUGGAUAGGGUUCCGCACAAACCCGCAACUAGUGCUAAAGGCGCGGCCGGCGCUCGGUGCGCGGACGCUUCGAUUCGCGCACAUCUCUAACUGGAUCGAACAGAAGCUCAGCAAGGAGUUCGAAAAGGUUCUAGUGCUGCCCAACAUGGAGGACAUACUGAUUGACGUCAUGACCCCCACGCCUGUGGACUACGAGUAGGAUAUGACUAG